AUGGAAAAUAAUUUCGAACAACUUAUUGGUGUACUUCCAUUAUCUUCAUCAUUUACGUUUGGUAUUAGAGAAAUAACAAAUAUAUUAGAAAAACAAAAUAUUGAUUUAUUAUCAUCAUUUAUAAAUGAAUCAUAUUCAUCAUUAUUUAAACUUGAAUGUUGGGCAUGGAAAUUAUUAAGUAAAGAUUCUUAUCAAUGGAUAAAUCAACCAAAUUAUUUAAAUUUAUUUAAUACACUUGCUUUAUUUAAUAAAAAUUUAAUAUUUAAUUAUAAUGAUAUACAACAUGAAAUAAAAGCAUCACUUCUUAUACCUAAUACAAUUGAUCAAAUAAAUGAUCUAUUUGAACAAAUUGAACGAGAUAAAAAUGAUAAUGAUCCAUUUAUUAAUAUAGCUAAUUUAUGGUUUGAUAAUCUUGCAUUAUUUAUUCAUGAAAAUCCUGAAUUUGAUACAUUACCUAUUAUUUGUCAUAUUAAUCAAUAUAUGGGAAAAAAUUAUCUUAUGACUGAACAAUUUUUAUUAUAUUUAAUUCAACUUCAAAAACCUAAAUUACCACAAUCAAUAUUUACUUAUAAACAAUUAUUUUAUAUAAAAACAUGUUCAUUUUCUUUAAGUUCAUAUUUAACAACAAAAUCCCAAAAUUUUCUUUUUACUGCAGAAGAUAUAAUGCAUUAUAUUGGUAAUGAUUUUGUACAAAUUAUUGAUAUACAUAGUCAUAUAAUUGAUAUGUGGAGUGAACAAUUUCUUACUUGUAUAACACAUUUAAUUGGUUUUAUUUCCACAUGUUGUUGGUGGGGUGGAGAAAAAUUAAAACAAAUAAAUCGUUUAUUUCAUUCUGAACAAAUUAUUUAUUCAUAUAUUAAUUCAAUUAUUCGUAUAAUUAGUUAUAAACCAUUUUAUUCACAUAUAAAAGCUCAAUCAUCAAAUGAUGAAACAAAAUUAAUUGAUUUUUGUUUAUUUUCUUUAAAAAGUUUAGUACAAAAUCAAGAUUUAAUUUGGUUUUUUCGUACAAAAAUUUCAUUACCAGAUACACUUUUAACAAUAGCUGAAUUAUCAAUACAUGAUAAAAUUUGUUUACGUGCAUAUAUUGUUUUAGGUGAAAUUUUAUGUAAUGAACGUUUAAAAGAUUUAAAAAUUACUGAUAAUUUAAGUUUAUUUUUUUAUGAUAUGCUUGAACAUGCUUGGAGAAAUCCAUUAAAAAAUUAUAAACAAAUACCUAUUUUUCAUUUAUUACGAGGUUUUUUAACAUUAUCAAAAAUUGAUGCAAUUCAACAAAAAACAGCUGAUUUACAUAAAAUACCACUUUUUAUAGAAAUAUCUGAUGAAUAUCCAAUAACAUUUGAUAUUCUAUGGGCAUUAUCAUUUAAUACUGAUAUUCAACAUCAAUUACGUUCAAAUACAACAUUUAUGUCUAAAUUAGUACAAUUAGCAAAACAAUGUGAUAAUGAACAAAUGAGAAAAAUGACACAUGGAAUUCUUUGGAAUCUUGAAUCAAGUCGUCAAGAUCGUACAAUAUUAGAAUUUAAUGAUGAAAAACCAUUUGAUAUUAUGAUUAGUUAUUCACAUAAAGAAAAAAUUCUAUGUAAACAAAUUUAUGAUGAAUUAACAAAAUCUGGUUAUCGUAUAUGGAUUGAUUUUGAUCAAAUGCAUGGAAAUGUAAUGGAUGCUAUGGCACAAGCUAUUGAACAAUCACAUAUAAUUAUUAUUUGUAUGAGUGAACAAUAUCGUAAAAGUAAUUAUUGUCGUGCUGAAGCACAUUAUGCAUUUCAACGACAAUUAAAAAUUGUUCCAAUACUUUUACAAAAACAUUAUAAACCAGAUGGAUGGCUUUUAUUUCUUAUUGGUCAAUUACUUUAUAUUGAUUUUACUAAAUAUGAAUUUUCACGUGCAAUAAAAUUAUUAUUAAAAGAACUUCAAAUUGAAGAAAUUAUUGAAACUCCUAUUAAAGCAAUUUCUUCUAGAUCAAGUGUAGAAUCUGUAAUUUAUAAAAUAGAAGAAAUACCAUUGAAAAAAUCAUUAUCAUUAAUAUUUCCAAAAAAUAUUCUCGAUUGGACUCAAACAAAUGUACAUGAUUGGUUAAUUGAACAUAAUCUUAUUCAAAUGUCUCAAAUUCUUAUUGAUUUUGAUGGUUCAAGUUUACUUUAUUUGAAUGAUUUUAUUAAAAAUGGUGAAACAAAACAAGUUUUAAGUCUUCUUCAACAAGAAUCACUUCGACGAACAAAUCAAUGUUUAUCAUUAAUUGAAUUAUCUUAUUUUCAAUCAUUAAUAGAUCAACAAAGACGUUAUCUUACAUCGACAUUUUCUAAACGAUCUACAAGAAAUUCUAAUCAAGCAAAUAAAUAUAUUUUAUCUUGUUGUCAUUUAAUUUAA